CACAGACACUCACUCCUGCUCCAUCCCUGACGGUGCUGAGGAGUUUCUCAAGAGAUGGCGGUGCCACCUGGGGCUCUGGCGCUUCUUCUGCCCCUGGUGCUGGCUGUGCUGAGCCUGUCACCUGCACCCACCUCAGGGGGAUGCCCAUCGGCCUGCCGCUGCCCCUUCGCCACGCUGCAGUGCCUGGAGCCAAAUGGGAUCAGCAGCAUCCCUCCUCUGGUACCACAGGAGAGCGAGAACGUGACAGAGAUCUACAUUGAAAACCAAGCAGGACUGGAAAACAUAACAGAGAGUGACCUUGCUUACUACCGAGAACUGAAGAACCUCACCGUCACAUCGUGUAAGCUGAGGUUCAUCUCUGCCAACGCUUUCCAAAACAACCUCAAGCUGCAGUACGUGAACCUGGCAUCAAACUUUUUGGAGCACAUCAGCUGGAGAGUGUUUCAUUUUUUACCGCUGCUGAACCUGGUUUUAAAGGACAACCCCCUCGUCUGCUCGUGUGACCUUUUCUGGCUGCAGCAGUGGCAAACCGACGACCGCGGUGAUCUGUACAGCCAAAUGUUGCUUUGCGUGGCAGACGACGAGGACAUACCCCUCAACUCUCUGGAGAUCGUUAACUGCAGUCUGCCUGAGGUCACCAUCGUGUCCUCCCAGUACAAGACUCAAGAAGGAGGCAACCUUACGUUUGAGUGUCAGGUGACAGGAAGUCCUACACCCAACGUGAGAUGGCGGACUGAGGAACUUGCCUCUCGCUUUACUGUCCAGGAAAAGGUCUCAGGCUCCACAUUAAAUCUGCUCCUUCAUCUCACCAACGUUUCCUACAAGGACAACCUGCACAACCUGACUUGUGAGGCCGAGAACCAAGCUGGGCCCAAGGAGGGGAUGGUGCAAUUGGACAUAGAGUUUCCAGCCAAGAUCAUCUUCCUGAGAGACGCUGUGCCACAGCACAACUGGUGCUUCCCGUUCGCUGUGGACGGCAACCCUGAACCGAACAUCACUUGGCUUUACAACGGCGCCGUGUUCAAGGAGAGCUACUACGCGUUCAUGCAGUACAUCCUGGACUCGAGCGACGGCUCCGUCAAACACGGCUGCCUCUUCCUGAACAAGCCGACCCACAUCAACAACGGCAACUACUCCAUCAUCGUGGAGAACAAACUGGGCCGGGACACAGCCACAGCCGUUGGGAUGUUCAUGGACAACCCCUUUCUGGACAACCCAGAAGGGAUCAUUCCAAGUGAGCUCCUGACUUCUUUCCCCUCAGGUCCUGCCAACAAAUCAGACAUGGACGUCAGAGAGACCCCGGAGAGUCGAGUGUUUGUGGUUUCUGUGGCUGUGGGCCUCGCAGGGUUCGCCUGCACGUUUCUGCUCGUCAUGAUUUUGGUCAUCAACAGGUGUGGCCAGCAGUCCAAGUUCGGGAUUCACCGCUCGUCAGUUCUGGGGACCGAGGACGACCUGGCGGUGUCGCUUCGGUUCAUGAACUUUGGAACCAGCCCGCCUUCCUCAGACGAAGACUCCGGUUUGUCGAGUUUUGUGGAGAACCCCCAGUACUUCUGCGGCAUCAUCAAGGACAAAGACAUGUGUGUUCAGCACAUCAAGCGGCAGGACAUCGUGUUGAAGUGGGAGCUCGGUGAAGGAGCCUUCGGCAAAGUCUACCUGGCAGAGUGUGCCAACCUCAGCCCGGAUAACGACAAGAUGCUGGUUGCCAUCAAGACUCUGAAGGACGCAAACGAGUCGACCCGGCAGGACUUCCAGCGGGAGGCAGAGCUGCUGACGGUGCUCCAGCACCAACACAUCGUGCGCUUCUACGGCGUGUGCACGGACGGAGAGCCUCUGGCCAUGGUGUUCGAGUACAUGAGACACGGAGACCUCAACCGCUUCCUUCGGGCUCACGGACCAGAUGCUCGGAUCCUGGAGGAGUCCAAGAUGCCUCCGAUGGGUCAGCUGACUCUUCCUCAGAUGCUGCACAUCGCCGCUCAGAUUGCCUCAGGAAUGGUUUACCUGGCGUCGCUGCACUUCGUCCACCGUGACCUGGCGACCCGCAACUGCCUGGUGGGGGAGGGUCUGGUGGUGAAAAUUGGAGACUUCGGUAUGUCCCGGGACAUCUACAGCACAGAUUACUAUCGGGUGGGUGGGCGAACCAUGCUGCCGAUCCGCUGGAUGCCCCCAGAGAGCAUCAUGUACAGGAAGUUCACAACAGAAAGCGACAUCUGGAGCUUUGGUGUGGUUCUCUGGGAGAUCUUCACCUACGGAAAACAGCCCUGGUAUCAGCUGUCCAACAGCGAGGCCAUUGAAUGCAUCACGCAGGGCCGGGAGCUGGAGAGGCCACGCACCUGCCCCAAGGAGGUGUACCUGCUGAUGCAGGGCUGCUGGCAGAGGGAGCCCCAGCAGAGGAUGGUCAUCAAGGACAUCCACCACCGCCUGCUGGAGCUGGUCAAAAACCCACCGGUCUACCUGGAUAUCCUGGGCUGA